AAUUAAAGAUUCAACCAUUAAUGAUGAAAAACUUCUACUAUUUUGUACUAAAAAUAAUGUUCAACGGCUGUCGCAUGCUCGUUAUUUAAUUAUGGAUGGUACGUUUUGGACAGUCCCGACAAUAUUUAGACAGCUAUAUACCAUACACGCACCUGUAGGAGGAGACAAUUUUCGAGUUUUGCCACUAGCAUAUGCUUUAAUGUCAUCAAAAUCUGAAACCCUGUAUAUACGUCUUUUUCAAGACUUAAUUGAUUUUUGCGAAGAUAAUGGCGGGCAACUAAAUCCAUAUUGGAUAAUGACAGAUUUUGAACAGGCGGCAAUAAAGGCAUCAAAAGCUGAGUUUCCUAACGUGAAAAACAAGGCAUGUUUUUUUCAUUUAUCUCAAAGUACUUGGAGAAAAAUUCAAUCAUCUGGCUUGGUGAAUUUAUAUGGUACAAACGAAGAGUUUAGUUUAAAAAUAAGACAAAUGCUUGCCCUGGCUUUUAUUCCAUCUGAAAAUAUACCUGCAGCAUUUGAUGAACUUAAAGCGACAUUUCCUCCUGAAGCUGAAGAAGUUGUCCAAUGGUUUGAAGACAAUUAUGUACAUGGCCGGAUUCGUCGCCGAAACCAAAGAAAUGGUAAUAUUAUACGCACAGACCCACUUUUUCCGCCCAAACUUUGGUCUGUGUCAGAAUUAAUGGACCACGGAAUUCCUAGGACACAAAAUAUUGUCGAAGCUUGGCAUCGACGUUGGUCAACUUUGGUUGGUAAACCUCAUGUUGGAGUCUAUACAAUGAUAGAGGAGCUUCAGAAAGAACAACAACGAGUUGACUUGGAAAUUGAAUGCAUUAAUCGUGGAGAACCAAAACCGAAACAGAAAAAACAAAUAAUUGACAGAGAGAAAAGAAUAAUGACGGUAUAUAAAGAUAUAUCAAAUAGGAGUGUCUUAGAAUUUUUACGGGGUUUGGCUCAUAAUAUAUCGAUGUAGUUUUAUAAGUAUUAAUAGUAUAAAUAUAAUGUAAUUGUAGUGUAAUGUAUUGUUUGAGUUUUUAAAUGAAAUUGUUGAAUAAUGAACAUGAUAAUAUUAUGUAAAUAUGUUUGGUCGGGAUUUUACAUGUCGGUAUUAUGAUUUGUCGGGAUUUUAAACAGUCGGUACUGUGACUUGUCGGGAUUUUAAACUGUCGGUAUUGUGAUUUGUCUGGAUUUGGUAUGUCGGGAUUUUACAUGUCGGGAUUAUAAUUGUCGGGAUUUCGACCCAGACCCGAUUAGACCACCACGGGUCUGUCUAUACGCAGUCGAUUAGACCACCACGGGUCUGUCUAUACGCAGUCGAUUAGACCACCACCGUCGUUAUCAUUUUGUUAUUAUCAAAAACAAAGUUGUUAUCAUAUCGUAUCAUCCAUUAUAAUA